UAGGAAGAUAAGGUAAAGGACCAGUGUGUGCGUGUGAAAUCAACUAAAGAUCAUCAUCAUCCUCCAACUCCAAAUUCCUCUCCUUCCUUUUCACAACCACCACUUCACUCUCCUUCCUCAUGCUCUUGCACCAGGUUGGUCUCACUCUCCACUGAAGCUAGCUAGCAAGGUCUUUCAGGCACAGAAGUGAAGUGUGUGUUUUGAAGAGAAAAAGGAAAAAAAAAUGUAUGGGGAUUGCCAAGUCAUGUCAGAUACUCUCUUCUCGUCACCGAUCCAGAACCCUAACUUCAACUUCAUCUCCACCAUGCCUUUUCACCCUUUUCCUCCCAUGAAAGAAGAAGAUUCUAUGUUGGGAGGGAAAGAAGAGAUGGAAAGUGGUUCUGAAAGUGAACAAGUUGAAGACAAGUCCGGGAACGAGCAAGAGAUCACUGAACAGCCUAAGAAAAAACGUUAUCACAGGCACACUGCUCGCCAGAUCCAAGAAAUGGAAGCUUUGUUCAAGGAAUGUCCACACCCGGAUGAUAAGCAAAGGAUGAAACUAAGCCAUGAUCUAGGCCUAAAACCACGCCAGGUCAAGUUCUGGUUCCAAAACCGCCGAACCCAGAUGAAGGCACAGCAAGAUCGAUCAGAUAAUGUGAUACUUAGAGCUGAGAAUGAUAGUCUAAAGAAUGAGAACUAUCGGUUACAAGCAGCGCUGCGUAGUAUUAUAUGUCCAAAUUGUGGUGGCCCGUGCAUGAUGGGCGCGGAAAUGGGCUUGGAUGAACAGCAGCUUCGCCUUGAAAAUGCUCGGUUGAGAGAAGAGUUGGAACGUGUAUGUUGUAUCACUUCAAGAUACACUGGUCGCCACAUCCAGACUAUGGCAGCUUCUCCUGCUCUCAUGGCUCCUUCAUUGGAUCUGGACAUGAACAUCUACUCAAGGCACUUUGGGGAAACCCUUCCUCCCUGCACAGAAAUGAUUCCUGUGCCAAUGCUACCUCCUGAAGCUUCACCAUUUCACCAAGAAGACGGUCUGUUAAUGGAAGAUGAGAAGCCCCUUGCCAUGGAGCUUGCAGCGUCUUCAAUGGCUGAGCUAGUGAAGAUGUGCCGCACAAACGAGCCACUGUGGAUCCGAAGCAGUACUGAUAGUGAAAGGGAAGUGCUUAAUUUUGAAGAGCACGCGAGGAUGUUUCCAUGUCCUCUGAGCCUAAAGCACCAAAGUGAAAUGAGGACUGAAGCUACCCGUGACACUUCUGUGGUUAUAAUGAAUAGUGUCACUCUUGUUGAUGCUUUUCUUGAUGCACAAAAAUGGAUGGAGCUGUUUCCUUCAAUUGUUUCUAGCGCAAAAACUGUCCAAAUUAUAUCUUCAAGUGCUUCUGGUCAUGCAAAUGGGACACUUCAGCUGAUGUAUGCAGAAUUACAAAUGCUUUCUCCUUUGGUCUCCACACGCGAGACUCAUUUCCUUCGGUAUUGUCAACAAAACGCUGAGGAGGGAACCUGGGCCAUUGUUGAUUUCCCAAUUGAUAGCUUUCAACAAAAUUUCCACACUUCUUAUCCCAGAUACUGCAGGAGGUGUUCUGGCUGUGUGAUUCAAGAUAUGCCAAAUGGGUAUUCAAGGGUAACAUGGGUUGAGCAUGCAAAAGUAGAAGAGAAGCCUAUUCAUCAGAUAUUCUGCAACUAUGUGUAUAGUGGAAUGGCAUUUGGAGCACAGCGCUGGUUAGGAGUUUUGCAGAGGCAAUGUGAAAGGGUUGCAAGCCUCAUGGCCAGAAACAUAUCAGAUCUUGGAGUGAUACCUUCCCCAGAAGCAAGAAAGAACUUGAUGAAACUAGCUCAGAGAAUGAUAAAAACCUUCAGCCAUAACAUGAGCACCUCUGGUGGUCAAUCAUGGACUGCCAUAUCAGAUUCCCCUGAAGACACAGUUAGAAUCACAACUAGGAAAGUCACAGAGCCUGGCCAACCCAAUGGGGUGAUUCUCAGUGCUGUUUCAACCACCUGGCUUCCCUAUUCUCACACUAAGGUCUUUGAUCUUCUAAGGGAUGAACGCCACAGAUCACAGAUGGAUGCUCUUUCGAACGGGAACUCGUUGAACGAAGUGGCUCACAUUGCAAACGGCUCGCAUCCUGGAAACUGCAUUUCCCUUCUCCGCAUAAAUGUGGCGAGCAACUCAUCCCAGAACGUGGAACUGAUGCUACAAGAGAGUUGCACAGACCAAUCAGGAAGCCUAGUAGUCUACACCACCAUCGACGUUGAAUCUAUUCAGCUAGCCAUGAGCGGCGAGGACCCUUCCUGCAUUGCCCUUCUUCCUCAAGGGUUCAUGAUAGUGCCAAUGGUACCAUCCAAUUCCACCGAUGCCAAUUCACCCGAAGCUGGUGCUGGUAACACUUCAGGUUGUCUUCUGACAAUGGGGCUGCAAGUUCUGGCAAGCACAAUCCCCACUGCGAAGCUGAACCUUUCAAGCGUGACGGCGAUCAACAACCACCUCUGCAACACUCUGCACCAGAUUGAAGCUUCUCUUUGCAGUGCUAACGGUUUCCUUGUUGCUGAACCCACUACCAGUGCACCCAUCACAAAGCAGUGAUGAAUUGAUAUGCAA